AUGGAUGAAAGAAAUGAUUCUGUUGUUACUGAAUUCAUUCUUCAGGGAUUCACAGACAAUCCCAGAAUGCAGCUUGUUCUUUUUAUGGUCUUCCUCUUGGUUUAUGCCAUCUCUGUGUUAGGGAAUCUCGGGAUGAUUCUGUUGAUUUGCACUCAAUCCCAACUCCACAAACCCAUGUAUUACUUCCUGGGCAACCUCUCCUUUGUGGAUCUCUGCUGCUCCUCAACCAUUGCUCCUAAAAUGCUGAUUGACUUAUUAAGUGAAAGUAAAAGGAUUUCUUACAGUGCCUGUGCUACCCAGCUCUUUUUCUAUGUGAUGUUUGUAGACGUAGAGUGUGUUUUGUUGGCUGUGAUGGCCUAUGACAGGUAUGUGGCCAUCUGCAAUCCACUUCUCUAUUCAGCUAUAAUGUCCAAAAAGCUCUGCCAGCAACUGAUUGCUGUUGCAUAUUGUAUAGGCCUAAUGGAUACAAUAGUUUACACUUCCUCUACAUUCCAACUCACGUUCUGUAGGUCAAAUCUUAUUAAUCAUUUCUUCUGUGAUAUGCCUCCACUAUUUGUACUCUCCUGUUCUGACACCUAUGUUAAUGAGAUUGUGCUAUUUGCCAUUGAUGGCUUCAUUGAAGCGUGCAGCAUUGGUAUGAGCCUUGUAUCCUAUGUUUAUAUUGUGGCUACCAUCCUGAGAAUGCGCUCCGCUGAGGGCAGGCGCAAGGCAUUUUCCACCUGUGCUUCUCACCUGACAGCUGUUGGGAUAUUCCACGGGACAAUAGUCUUCAUGUACAUCCGACCCAGCUCCAGCUAUUCCAUGGACCAAGACGACAAAUGGGCUUCAAUGUUCUACACGGUUGUGAUCCCCAUGCUCAAUCCUCUGAUCUACAGCCUGAGGAACAAGGAGGUGAAAGAUGCCCUGACAAAAUCAGUGGGCAAUCUAUGGACUUUUAAAGGGAGUAGCCCUAGACAAAUUUAA